AGGUACUGGGGUGACGCCCACCGGAAGUAGAGGCGUGGCAGGCAGACUCCGAGACAGGGGUGGGAGUAUCUUCGAUGUUGCAACAGCCGAUCCUUUGUCGCGAGAACGAUACGCCUACUCUCCCCUACCUAUCCUCUCCUCCUGCCGCGGUUCUCAUCCCUCCCCUCGCCUCCAUCCUGUCCUUUCUCCGAAGUCCCACAUGAUCAGUGGAGGUUAUGAGGGAAGAAAUAUAUAAAUUCGCGACAUCCAAAGACACAUACCAGUCAUCAACAAGUACCUGAUACUCAGCUGACCAGUUGACGCCAAGAUACACAAGCAUGUCGUCAAAACGAGCCGAAACUGACACAUUUGACGCCUCGACAAGCAUGACGUUCAACGCAGCCGUGAAGAGCUUCGAGUCGUGCCUCAGGAUCGCUGGUACCAUCCAUGAUGACGCCACCAAGCGCACUAUUACUGACGAUAGUGAACUCGGCCGUGGGUCUGCGGAGAGAAAUCUUGACAUGUAUAUUCACGGACAACACACCCGGCAGGAGUUGGUCAAGAUCAUCGGGAGGAGUUCCAAGACUCUCAAAACCCAUGCUGAAUCUCGAAGGGCCAAGCUGACCGAAGGGGACGGUGAUCGAGACAAGCUGGAUGAGAUUAUAGGAGAGAUCAAUCCCGUGGUCGUGGCUGCGUCUGAAUCUGUGAGUCCUGAGAGGAACAAAAGGAAGCCUGGCAUCGGUCCUGUCACUGACCAGGACAACAUCAGGCCACCACAUCGUGAUUGUGAGAGGCGCCUGGGGAAGAGGAGGGCCAAACACACGAGGAGCUGGCGGCGUGAGGUCCGUCAGACCCACCGGGCGACGUUUAGGCGGACUAGAUUUAGCGAUGUAGAAUGCUGGCAAAUGCAUCGGAUCGCGUGAGAUAACUCGCUUCCGUUAGAGAGAGAUUCAAGAUUCCUUUUGAAAGACAAGUCGCCUGUGACAGAUGAUUUUCGAAGAUUUCAUCCGCUUGCGAGAGAAGCGUGACCAGGUAAGAGCGUUAGGAAAA